AUGCAGCGGGGGCAGUCCCUUUUGCGGCUGCUCCGCCAAUCGAAGGCCCUGGGGUCGGCGGGUGCGGGGCCGGCAGCGGCGCACACCGCACCCUGCUGCUGCAGCGCGCCGCUGGGGUUCGCCCGCGGCGGCGAUGCCGGCUCAGCCCCCUCAACCAGCAGCCGGCCGUUUCUGGCGGACGGCGGGUUCGCCCUAGCUGCAUGGCGCGGCGUGGCGACGAAGCGGCGCGCGGCGGGGUCGACCUCGGUGAAGGCAGUGCAGCUCAACUCACUGAGUGACGCUGCGGGGGCUUCUGCAGAU